AUGAAUAUGACCGAGACCCUAAUCUUGUUAGUGUGUACACUAUUUGUGUACACGGGAAUCAAGAUCAUCUAUCGCCUAUUCUUCUCUCCACUCGCGGGAUUCCCAGGUCCACUCUUAGCGGCCGCAACCGGUUUUUAUGAGAUAUAUUUUGAUGUCGUGAAAGGGGGACAGCUAAUGUGGGAGAUUGAACGCCUACACAGCAAAUAUGGGCCUGUCGUCCGAAUCAAUCCUUCGGAAGUACAUAUCCGAGAUCCCGACUUCUACGAUACUCUCUAUGUUGGAAAGUCAAGGAAGAGAGACAAAGUGCCUUGGUUUGUCUACAUCGGUUUGCCCCGGUCAACCUUCUCAACUGCGCAAUAUAGCAUUCAUCGCAAGCGGAGGAAUAUAUUAAGCCCCUUCUUUACAAAACGUGCGAUUUCAAAUUUUGGGCCUGUCGUCAGCUCCAAGAUGAGUAUGGUUUGCUAUCAUCUAUCCAAGAAAGUCGGCACAGGAGAUACCCUAGAAUUGCAAUCUCUCUUUGCCUGUUUCGCCGCAGACACGCUUUCUACAUAUGUAUUUGGUUCCACACAGUCUUCUGGGUACCUGGAGUCACCAGACAUAACAGAUGACUGGAAGCGAAAGAUCAAUAGUGUCUUCGAGCUGUUGGUGCUCGUUAGACAUUUCCCAUGGCUUUUACCAUUAGCACGCACGCUGCCGUCAGUUGCCAGUCGGAUCUUACCCACAUCCUCAUGGGUUCUUCAAGCAGAAACGCAAAUUCGUGAAAGUGUUAAAGCUGUAUGCGAUAACCCAGACGGAUGCCUCUUUGACGGUUCACGAAAAGCAAUGCUCUCCACUAUACUUGCCAGUGAUAAAGCACCAAAUGAAGAAAAAGACUUUGAGCGCCUGGCACAGGAAAUGACUUUUAUCAUGGUGGCUGGGACCGACGCGCCAUCCCAAGUAAUCGCAAUCACUAUGUUCCAUAUUCUUCGGAGUCCGGAGAUACAUCAAAAGCUCAAAGCUGAGUUAAAUGAUGCUUUUCCUGUUCCUGUGUCCAAUGCAGACUGGAACAAAUUGGAACAUCUACCCUAUCUCAGUGCCGUGAUCAAAGAAGGAUUACGAAUUUCUGCUGUGGUGACAACAAGACUUCCACGUAUAGCGCCGGAGGAGACCUUAUAUUAUAAGGAAUGGAGCCUCCUUCCCGGGACUGCUGUCAGCAUGUCCAACCACUUCAUCCUACGAGAUACAGGAAUCUUUCCUCGGCCGAUGGAAUUCCUCCCUGAGCGUUGGAUGACCUCUCCUAAUGAAGUUCGUCUACUGGACAAAUAUCUCGUCCCUUUCGCCAAAGGAACUUCAAGUUGUCUGGGCCCAUAUAUGGCCUAUUCGUGGCUAUACUCAGCAGUGGGAACCGUGAUACGUAAGUUCGACCUGGAGCUUUACGAGACUAAUGAGGAAAAUGUCCGCAUUGUUCGAGACUGUUUCAAUGGACAGACAGCCCCCGGCCUUAAUUUGAUUAGGGUCAGAGUUAUCAAAGAGCUCGAUUAG